CAGGGAUGUUCCCAGGUAAAGUACCUGUGUGUAGCUAGCUAGCUAGGCUAUAUAGGCCCUUGCACAGAGGCUGGAAUACUAUGAAGUUGCAGCAAUGUGAGGGCCGUACAAAGAAUAACUACAAAUCGCUGGAUUUCAAGAAACAUCACAAAACAAUUUACAAAGAGCAAAACUACUUUCUACACUUUCUAUGGCAAGAUUCACCAAAAUUCUGCUGCUGGUAGCUACAACGUUAACGAUUGCCUGGGCGAACGCUCAAAGUUCUAGCAAUGGCUAUAUCAAUGUACUAGCAUUGUCUGGGUCGUAUGACAUAGACCCCACGAAUAAUGUUAUGCAGUAUGCCAAGAUCAGUACGAUUGCUGUCCCCUCCAAUGCUCUGCAUGACAGCAUGAAUAGUUUGGUUCUGAGCGAUGGCGAUACCUCAAGCGAUAGACUGUUGUUCCUGACCAACAAUACUAUUGAAGUAUACAGAAAUGACAAAGACAACUUUAUGUCUAUUCGAGUGACUUCCGUACCCCUGCAGUCUGACUGCACUCCUUGGUUCAUCACUGGUAGCAGCAUUCAGUACAAUGGGGUGGUCUAUGUCAAGUACAGAGGGGACUGUGGCUACUCCGUCUUCUACUACUAUUUCGAUACAGAAACAUUCGAUGAUGAUCCGUUAUACGUACGUCUUCCUGGUCAAGGCGCGAUUUUGUCUACCAAAGAUGACUUUGAUUUUGAGGCGUACAUCGAAAACAAUGGGCAACAACUACGAAUGAUGACUAUGUCGCAGGACUUUCAAAGCCGUAUUUCAGCCAAUCUGAUCGCGGACUGUGCCGUACUACAUCAUCUCAACCCCUUGGAUCCACGCGAGGAAUUUAAAGUUUUCUUUACAGUAACUUGCACAACUGAUGACGGAAUACUCGAACACUAUCAUAUUGAAUAUCGAUACAAAGUGACCCCCCUAAACCUAACUGUGACCUUGCUAGAACCGGGAGUGCCUAUCAGUGGAGACCAAUACAUUGCUGUGCGUGGUGACGAAGCACUCACCGUGUAUGACACUGCAUAUCUCAAGAGUGGAGUGCCUGGACGACAUUCAUUUUCUGGACAGAUAUCACGUUUGUUUUUUGAAAGUGUGGCUAAUCAGACAUGGCUGGUUGUUCAGAUUGAGAAUAGCGAUGUGUAUGCAGUUAAUGUGAGCUUGUUUGUGUCGUCACGAGGAGGGGAGGGUGUGUACCAACUCAUGGAUACUAACAUUGGACUCUGUGUCCCCUCCUGUCUGCCAGUCAUCUCUAGUGGAGAGAAUUUGAUUGUAUUCGAUUACGUUGGCCCCAAUAGUUACAGUUGCGUAGUGUUUGACAUAUCUACUGGAAUGCCUCAGGAAAGAAAGAGAAUUUUGAACCUCCCCGAACGUCCGUUUGCAGCUGUGUAUAUUGUUGACCCUAACUUCCCACAAGGCACUACUACCCUAGCCCCUGAGGCCCCAGCUGCCAAUACUCUGAUGGUUGCCCUACCACCGUCUAUUGGAAUAAUAGCAGUUAUUGCUAUCACUGUUCUACUGACAAUUGCAUACUUAGGUAUUCGAAUCAGAAGAAAAAGACGAUCGAACUCUGCGAGCAAUCUUAUGAUAGAGGAAAAUGGAAUGCCGCUACUAAACGCAGAUGUUGGCAGGGCCCAAAAACCAAAACCAAUCUCUCUUCCAAUCUCCAAAUUAGAAGAUGAGGAUUCAUCAGAUCCAACAACACCACUAAUUCCGCCACAACCGCCACUAUCUACAGCAAGUCCUACCCCACCAAGUUCUGUGCCAUCAAGUCCUGCCCCUCCAACUUCUGGGCCUCUAAGUUCUGGGCCUCCAAGUCCUACAAAUCCUGCCCCUCCAACUUCUGGGCUUCCAAGUUCUGGGCCUCCAAGUCCUACAAAUCCUGCCCCUCCAACUGCUGUGCCUCUAAGUUUUUCCCCUCCAAAUGGGCCUACAAGUUCUGGGCCUCCAAGUCCUACAAAUCCUGCCCCUCCAACUGCUGUGCCUCUAAGUUUUGCCCCUCCAAAUGGGCCUACAAGUUCUGGGCCUCCAAGUCCUACAAGUUCUGUGCCAAGUUCUCCAAAAACUGUCUCCCCAGUUGAAGAGGUUGCUCUACCACUAGUGCGUCAAGAGACUCCGCAGGGACAACACGCACAGCAGGAAACAGAACAGGGAGGACAAGAACCUCACGCUAUAGUGAUAGGUGACUCAUUAAAAAAGUAAUGUUAUGUUGUAUGUAGUGUAUAGGUCUGACUGUUGUACCAUUAUUUAUUUUGUGGUUUCAAGUUACAUUAAUUGAAUUAUUCAUUUGUUA